UUUGCAUGUGGGUUAGAUGGUGGUUUAUGUUAGUGGUUUAUGUUAGUGGUUUAUGUAGGUGGGUUAUGUUAGUAGUUUUUGUUAGUGGUUUAUGCUAGUGGUUUAAGUUAGUGGUUUCUGUUGGUGGUUUAUGUUGGUGGUUUGUGUUAGCGGUUUUUGCGAGUGGUUUAUGCAAACGGUUUAUGUUAGUGGUUUAGGGUAGGUGAUUUUCGUUAGUGGUUUUAUGUUGGUGAUUUGUUUGACUUUUUUUAUGCUAGUUGUUUUUACCGUAGCUCUUUUACGUAAACCGGUUUAGUUAAGCUGUUUCUCGUUAGGCUGGUUUAUUUAUGCGGUUUAGUUGUGCGGUCUAUGGAUUUGUUUUCUAGUUGGUUAUCUUUCAUGUAAUGUUAUGCGGUCUUAUUUAGCAGAAUGGUAUGUUGAUGAUUUAUGAUGCUGCUUAUGGUUGUGGUUGGAUUUCAAGCCGGUUCUAACUGAGCGUUUCAUUUUGUGAGCAGCCCCAGCGAUGCAUUAGGAGCAUGCGGCGGCAGCAGGGCAUGCGACUUGAUGACAGAUACGUUCCGUACUUGCAGAUGGCAGGUCUAUACCAUCUUGCAAGGCUGAACGACCGAUGGUUCCAGCUAGACGAGGCUCUUGUCAGUGCUUUCGUAGAGCGAUGGCGUCCAGAGACGCACACGUUCCACAUGCCGUUCGGAGAGUGCACCAUCACACUCCAGGACGUGGCAUACCAGCUGGGUUUGCCAGUGGACGGCCGUUACGUGAGCGGGUGCUUGUCCGAGUUCCAUAUAUACAUCGAGGGUGGCCGUCCAGCCUGGGUCUGGUUCCAGGAGUUGCUCGGAGUUAUACCUCCUCCCAGCCAGGUUCAGAAGUACGCAGUGAACUGCAGCUGGUUUCAGGAGACCUUCGGGGAGUGCCCUGAGGAUGCUGAUGAUGAGACUGUGCGCCGUUAUGCCCGUGCGUAAAUCAUGAUGUUGUUGGGCACGCAGCUGUUUGCGGACAAGUCCGGGAACCGUAUUCACAUCAGAUGGCUCCCGUACGUAGCUAGGCUGGAGGAGAUGGGUACCUACAGCUGGGGUUCCGCCGCACUGGCUUGGUUGUACCGGUGCAUGUGCCGAGUGGCAAACAGACAUGUGGUCAAGUUAGCGGGACCGCUUCAGCUGCUCCAGUCUUGGAUCUUUUGGCGCUUUCCUCGAUUUAGGCCAGCAGGAUAUGAGGAGUCGAGCUGGCCCUUGGCAUCCAGAUGGUCAGGUUACAACCCUUCCGGGAGCGAGAAGGGUCCUAGAGUGGAGAUGUGGAGGCUCAGGAUAGACAUGUUACAGGAUGGGGAGUUUCUAUGGAUGCCGUAUACUACUCCGGACGUACUUCAGGUUGUGCAUCCAGAGGUUUUGGAGCCUCGGCAUAUGGCGUUGUGGCGCUCUGUGACGGCGCUGAUCUACUUUGCUGUGAUAGAGUGGCAUCAGAUAGAUCGUGUUCUUCCGCAGUUUGGUGGGGUUCAGCCCAUUCCGCAUCCCGCCCUGAACAUUGACUUUUUGAUGUCCAAGGACGGUAGAGGCGGCGAUCGAUGGUUCCCGUCUACUUUGCAGAGGUGGCAUCUCCUUUGGGACUCUCGUCAGGACUGUGUGCUGAGGUUCGACGUUGUAGGCGACCCCGGUCCUUCGCAUGCGUUCCUUGACUGGUGGCGUCAGUAUGGUAAGAGGUUCUUGUCUCCGGAGUCGCAGUUGGGGGAUCCUAGAGCAGUUCCUAUUCCAUUAGAGGCCUCACAGCGGGGUCCGGGGCGAGUUCCUGACAUGGAUCGUCAGGAGGACGUGCCGGACAAGCGUAGGGUUGAUAGGAGGAUGGGUGUGGGGACACGAAGGAGCCAGCGUGAGUGGAGGUGGCCUGACCUUGGUGUGCACGAUGAUUACGACGCCGGUCCCGCUAGAGGCGGAGGACGAGGCCGGCGAGGUAGGGCGAGGGGUCGUCCUGACCAUCGGGACGACACCGACGAUCAGCAUCGGCCCGUUGGUGGGGGUGGUUCAGGGGCGGCUGCAUCUGCUGGUACUACCACACACGAUCAUGGUCAUGCAGGUGAGUUGUAUGGUACAGGGAUGGGUGCCGGGGCUUACACAGGUGAUGCUGUACUUGGAUCAGGCCCUCUUGGAGAUUACUUCGUUGGUGUGUGGUGGACGAAAUUGUGA